AUGAGUUCUCCCAGUAGUAACGGCGACUCCAAUUUGCCAGAUCAGCUCUCUAAUGAGGUUUUUCGUUUCUCAGCAGCAAGUCCUGACGUGAAUAAUCGCAAUCAUCAUGCAUUGAAGUUUGAUUUCAUCAUGCAAAAUGAAGGUCCUGAUGAUUACAAACAACUCAAGGAAUCGAUCACACAGAGAAGAAACUCUGCUGCAGCCCAAAAAAGCGAAAUUCAGGAACUUAAUUACCGCAAUUCUCCAUUACUAAAACUCCCAACAGAAGUACUACUUCAGAUCUUCAACCACCUAGACAGAAGAGACUUGUACUCGUUGCUCACGGUGUGCCGCGAGUUUGCCGAUCUCAUUAUAGAAAUCUUGUGGUUUCGACCAAACAUGCAGAAUGACGCGUCGUUCAACAAAAUCAAAGCCAUAAUGAAACUUCCAAAACUGUCCACACAUUGGGAUUAUAGAUCCUUCAUCAAGCGACUCAACCUUUCCUUCAUGACCAAGCUAGUGGAUGACGACUUGCUAUCCUUAUUCGUAGGAUGCCCCAAAUUGGAGCGCCUCACCCUUGUUAACUGUACAAAGCUUACUCAUUACCCCAUUACUGAAGUGUUAAAGAAUUGCGAAAAACUUCAAUCCAUUGAUUUAACCGGAGUCACCCACAUCCACGAUGAUAUCAUAUAUGCGUUAGCUGACAACUGCCCCAGACUUCAAGGGCUCUAUGCUCCUGGUUGUGGUAAUGUAAGUGAAAGAGCCAUUUUAAAGUUGUUGACCUCGUGCCCAAUGCUCAAAAGAGUCAAGUUUAACGGAUCGGAGAAUAUCACAGACGAAACCAUCAGUGCUAUGUAUGAAAACUGCAAGUCCCUCGUUGAGAUUGAUCUUCACAACUGCCCAAAAGUAACUGACAAGUACUUGAAGUUGAUUUUCUUAAACUUGUCUCAGUUGCGAGAGUUCAGAAUAAGUAAUGCUGCUGGAAUAACGGACAAGCUACUUGAGCGAUUACCCAACCAUUUCUUCCUUGAAAAGCUCAGAAUCAUCGAUAUCACAGGGUGCAAUGCUAUCACUGAUAAGCUUGUUGAAAAACUCGUGAUAUGCGCCCCAAGAUUGCGUAAUGUCGUCUUAUCCAAGUGCAUGCAAAUAACCGAUGCUUCUUUAAGAGCAUUGUCACAAUUGGGACGCAGCUUGCAUUAUAUUCAUCUUGGUCAUUGUGCGUUAAUCACUGAUUUUGGUGUUGCUUCAUUGGUCAGAUCAUGCCACCGAAUACAAUACAUUGAUUUGGCAUGUUGUUCACAACUCACAGACUGGACGCUAGUGGAGCUUGCCAAUUUGCCUAAACUUCGUCGUAUUGGGUUGGUAAAAUGCAGUUUGAUUUCCGAUUCCGGAAUUUUAGAGUUGGUGAGACGUCGAGGAGAACAAGACUGCCUUGAAAGAGUCCACUUAUCGUACUGCACCAACCUAACCAUCGGACCUAUCUACUUACUCUUGAAAAAUUGCCCUAAAUUGACGCAUCUAUCAUUAACUGGCAUCAACGCAUUCUUGAGAAGAGAAAUCACACAGUAUUGUCGCGACCCACCUCCAGAUUUCAAUGAGCAUCAAAAAAACUCAUUUUGCGUGUUUUCCGGCCAUGGCGUAAACCAAUUGAGAGCACAUCUCAACCAAGUCAUGGAGGACCGCGCCUAUUUAAUUGACCAUGGCGACAUGCAUGCAUUGUUCCACGAAAGAAGAAGAAGGUUCAUGAACGGAGGAGCAGACAUGGAUGACGAGGAGAUGACUCUUUGGGCAAGACAGAGGGGACUUGGAUUAUUACAAAGCGUGGAUAAUGACGGCCAGGGAAUGUCUGAUAUUAAUCGCGAGAUUUUCCGAGAGCUUAAUGAGGGCAAUAUGGGACCGGAAGAGAUGCGUGAACAUUUCCAACGGCUUAUCAGGAACCAUCAUCAACACCGCUUAGUUGAGCGCCAAUUUACUGGUGCUGAGGGCCAGGGAGAUGAAGUUCAUUUGGAAAACCAGGACCCUCAGAACGCCCCCCAAAUAGUGCAGCCGGCUGUAUUUCCCAAUGGCAACCAAGCCAUUCCGAUAGUUAACGUCGAUGAAGACGACGAUAUUGAGAUGCAACUGGUUAGCUUAUUUCCAAGAGGACCACAGAAUAGUUGA